UCUCGAGUAACGUUUUGUUCCUGUUAGGAUUAUUUUACUUGGUAUUUCAUUAGUAUAGAGUUUAAUAAUAAUAUUCUGACGGUAGUGAGCUGAGAGUCACAGUGCUGCUGCAGAAUAGCAGUAAAUACAGUAAUCCAUCGCCACUUCGCGGUUCAAGUUUCGCGGCCUCAGUGCAUCGCGGAUUUUUCAAAAAUAUUCAUCGAAAAAUAAAAAUCUAACACUUCCGCCAUAUCUACAGCCUUGUUGCGGAAAGCAGCGUUGUUUCAUCGUGAUGCGCGAGAGAAACGGUUUCCCAGGAUGCCUGACGAAGGGAGAAACUCUCUCAGAGGCUUUGUACAUACCCACGGGCACUCAGACAAGGCACAUGAUUGGUUCCCGGCGCGAGAUGGACGAAUGAGAGCACGAGUGGAUGUAUCCUGUGAGCUGAUUGGCUGCGCAUCAUCGCAUCCUCUCCCAGCUUCUUCCCUUGUUGUAUCUCGCCGCUCUCGUUCACGCUGUGUGUCUCGCGUAAUGUGCUCGAAAUGAACUUUUCGUUAAGCCCUUACAAUGCCUCCUAAGCGCCGUGCCACCGCGAAAGAUUCCUCUAGUGAGCCCAAGAGGAAGAGGAAGAUGAUGACCAUCAGUGAAAAGGUCAAACUUUUAGAUAUGUUAAAACAGGGCAGAAGUUAUGCGGCGGUGGCACGCCAUUAUGGAAUGAAUGAAUCUACAGUGCGCUACAUCAAAAAAGACGAAGCUAACAUCCGCAAAACUGCUGCAAUAAGCUUCAAUAAAGAAGCGAAACGUGUGGUAACUCCGCGUAAUAAGAGAAUUGUGAAAAUGGAAGCUGCAUUAGCCUUGUGGGUUGCUGAUUGCAGGAAAAAGAACGUGAGUUUGGACACUAAUAUGAUCAGGACAAAUGCCAAAACCCUCUAUGAUCAAAUCUUGCCCGAUGACGACGACAAAGGAGAUGCUGAAGAAGCUGCUGAAGAUGAUCCUGACGAACUUCAAGCCAGUACUAGCUCUGCCACGAGUGAUUCACCUCCUCGAGGACGAGGCUUUACAGCCAGCAAAGGCUGGUUCGAUAAAUUUCAAAAGAGGUACGGCCUCAAAAGCAUGCCUUUGUAUGGUGAGGCUGCCUCUGCUUUCACCGAUGCUGCUCGUCGUUACGCAAAGCAUGAGUUUCCUAAGCUCAUCAGUGAUGGCGGCUACCUCCCUGAGCAAGUUUUUAACAUGGACGAGACAGGCCUCUUUUGGAAGAGGAUGCCUUCUCGUACAUUCCUCUUCAAGGAUGAAGUGAAGAGGCCAGGCUUCAAGGCCCACAAGGACCGUGUCACUCUCAUCAUGUGUGGCAAUGCUGCAGGCUUUAUGCUUAAGCCAGGUCUUAUUUAUAAGGCCAAAAAUCCACGGGCCUUAAAAAACAAAAAUAAGGCUCUGCUCCCCGUGUAUUGGAUGCAUAACUCUAAGGCCUGGAUAACGAAAGCCCUGACCCUUGAAUGGUUCCUCCAUUGCUUCAUUCCCCAGGUGAAGCUGUAUCUGGCUCAGAAGGGCCUCCCUUUUAAGGUCCUUCUCUUGAUGGAUUGUGCAGGAGGCCAUGCAACAGACCUGCAAUAUGAUGGGGUUCAGAUCGAGUUUCUGCCCCUUAACACCACAUCUCUAAUUCAGCCGAUGGAUCAAGGUGUCAUUCGUGCCUUUAAGGCACUCUACACUCGUUUCAUGAUGGAAGGCCUCAUCGCGGCAGUUGAUGACGACGACGAAGGCUUCACCUUGAAAAAGUACUGGCGUAACUAUGACAUUGCAUCAUGCUUGACUAAUAUUCAGCAAGUAUUGAAGGACAUGAAAACUGAGACCAUAAAUUCUUGCUGGAAGAAAUUAUGGCCUAACGUGGUGCAUGAAUAUGCAGGCUUCACUCCUGACGAAGUUCAUCACUCGGCGGUGGAGAAGGCGGUGAAGGUGGCCCGCAUCAUCAGGGAUGAAGGAUUCGUCGACAUGACGGAAGAAGAUGUCAACGGCCUUAUCGAUGCCCACUCAGACCCACUGACAGAUGAAGACCUCCUUGAGAUGAUGAAGUCUGCAAGUGAAGAAGAAAGCGAAGAAGAGCAAGACGAAGAAAUUGAAGAGCGUGGCCUUACCCUGGAGAACCUGAAACAAUUGUGCAACAUGGCGAGGGCAAUGCAACGAUUUGCACAAGACAUCGACAAUAAUAUGGUUCGAGCUGUCGAGUUUAGCAACAGUGUUGACGCGGUUAUGUCCUUGUACAAGGGCAUUUUGCAGCAAAAGAAAAAACAACGACAGCAACUACCAUUCACCAUGUUCUUCUCCAAUAUUAAGUGGGAGGAAACUGGAGAACCAGGAGGAAACCCAGACUGACACGGGAAGAUCAUGUGGAGCUCACAGCACAGCAGUGUCCUGAGCUCAGACUCGAACCCUGGACCUUUGAGACAGCAACACUCCACACCGCACACCGGGGCCGCCAUGCUGUCGCUGUCCUCGAGCCUUUAAAUAAACCUACAGUUAUUAUUA